UGUGGGAGGCCUCUCCACCCCUCUGCUCCCUCCAGCAGGUCCUUGGCUGGGGUUUGGAGAUACCGACCGAGUCGGCGGAAGGAGAGGCAGCGUCCCCGCAGAGCGCAGCGCUGGGUCUCGGACCGAAGGUAGCGGAGACGGAGUUGCAGGGGACUGGGUUAAUGGCACAGACGACUUGGAUUUAAAGAGGUAGUGCCAAGAUAAGGGACUCCCAUCAACACCAUGGCUUUCUGGACAUUAUUUCAAUCAAAUUUAUGCCUACUUUUGCUACUGUCCACCAGACCAGUGUCCACAACAGAGAGAUCAGAAACGGAACGUGUGAAAGAAAUAAUGAGAGCAGCACCACUGAUUGAUGGCCACAAUGAUUUAGCACUCCAGCUAAGAAAGUACUUUAACAACAACCUGACUGCAGUUGAUCUGAAUACUCUGAACAAGACCCGAACAAACAUUAACAAAUUGAAAGAAGGAAAUGUGGGAGCUCAGUUGUGGUCUGCGUAUGUACUAUGCUCCUCCCAGAAUAAGGAUGCAGUUCGCUUAACCCUGGAACAAAUUGAUGUCAUCAAACGGAUGUGUAGGAAGUAUCCAGAGUUUGAAUUGGUCACAUCUUCAGGAGCCUUGAGCAACACUGAAAAGAUAGCCUGUCUAAUCAGCGUUGAAGGAGGACACUCAAUAGACAGCAGUUUGGCAACCUUAAGAAUGUUUUAUGAACUUGGAGUACGUUCGAUGUCCUUGACCCACAAUUGUCACACACCCUGGGCGAAAAGUGCAGUAAUUAGUCGUGCUAACAUUUAUGACAUAAACACGAAUUUAACACAGUUUGGUCAGGAGGUGGUGUUGGAGAUGAAUCGAUUGGGGAUGAUAAUAGAUCUGUCACACACUGCCACAGACACAGCAGAGAUGGUGCUAAAGAUUUCCAAGGCUCCAGUCAUAUUCAGUCAUUCUUCAGCCUAUGCCAUCUGCAAACAUCCCCGAAAUGUUCCAGAUAAGCUUCUUCACUUGAUUAAAGAGAAAGAAGGUCUCGUGAUGGUGAACUUUUACCCUGGUUUUGUGGCCUGUCAGGAGCUGGCAAAUGUUUCUCUAGUUGCAGAUCACUUUGACCACGUCAAGAAGAUCGCUGGAUAUCAGUCGGUUGGAAUAGGGGGGGACUAUGAUGGCACUUCUGGGUUUCCUCAGGGUCUAGAAGAUGUGUCAAAAUAUCCUGCACUCAUAGAGGAAUUGCUGAAGCGGAACUGGCUGGAAAAAGAAUUAAAAGCUGUAUUACGAAAUAACUUUCUCCGUGUUUUCCAGAGAGUUGAAGAGGUUAAAGAGGAUCUGAAGAAGCUGCCACCCAGUGAAAAGGAAAUUCCCUACGAGGAAGUUCAGAAUCCUUGUCGCUUGAAUCUCAGGAAUCCUUUCCCAUCUCAAAACGGGUCAAAAAGCAAAAUAAUGGACACCAUUUUCAUCAUCCUAUCGGCCAUUAUUGCCACCAUCAUUUGCACCAUCUGAACUGAACAGUGAAUCCAAUAAAAGAUUCUUGGCAGUGAAGCUCUUCUAAGUGUUUUUGUGGAGAAGUGAAAUGAGCAUAAACACUACAGUCAGGAGUAGAUCGGGAUAAAUCAGUCCCUAACUAAAAUGGAUGCCUUAAAUUCAUUAAUUUCUGAUUCCCACAAGAUGAGAAUAUUGAAAAACUCAGCAAAUCUCUUCCUUUUACUUUAUCCUGACAAAAGGAUGU